UUCUAUGAUGUAAAGGAAAAUGGAAAAGUUAAAUUUUGCUUCAAAAAAUUCUCCAGCAUCUUUCAACGAAUUCGAGGUGGAGAUGUAGCUUGCGUUUUCGGCCACAAGAGAGCAGAUGCGCAGCAGCAGAUGUCUCUGAAAGUGGAGCUGUAUAGAGAGCGCGGGCAGCGGAGAACAGACCAAUCUUUUUAGCUCCAGGAGGAGCAGGGAGUAGCCUCAGUCACACACACAGGACUAUGGGAGCACCGGCAGCUCACAUGGGAUUUUAAGCCUGGGCUGGUGAAGGUAAAGAGUUUUGUUUUUUUUGUGGUGGACAAAGGCCGCACAAUUUUGGGAUAAGAGAGAUCUUCCAAAGAAAAGAAAUUUAUGUUGGCCCUGCAGAAUGAUGGGCAAGAGAUGGUGACCCAGUGGCCUUCAACCAUGAACAGUACCACAGUUACUCCACUGACCCUAAAUGCUACAGAGGUAUACGAUCCUUUAGGUGGACAUGCAGUCUGGGAGGUGGUCCUCAUUGUUAUCACGACGGGCAUCCUUUCUUUGGUUACAGUAAUUGGGAACGUCCUUGUUCUUUUAGCUUUCAAGGUCAACAGUGAUUUAAAAACAGUCAACAAUUACUUCCUGCUCAGUUUGGCCUGUGCUGAUAUCGUCCUUGGUGCAGUAUCCAUGAAUCUAUACACCACAUACAUCGUUAUGGGGAGGUGGGCACUGGGCCCUGUUUGCUGCGACCUGUGGCUGGCGCUGGAUUAUGUUGCAAGCAAUGCAUCUGUUAUGAACCUGCUCAUCAUCAGUUUUGACCGAUACUUCUCUAUAACACGACCGCUUACAUACAGGGCUAAGAGGACACCAAGGAGAGCUGCAAUUAUGAUUGGCAUGGCAUGGUUCAUCUCUUUUGUACUAUGGGCUCCUGCCAUAAUAUUCUGGCAGUACAUUGUGGGUGAGAGGACAGUGAAACCCACCGAUUGCUCCAUACAGUUCUUCAGCCAGCCGAUCAUCACCUUCGGCACUGCUAUUGCUGCCUUUUACCUACCGGUUACCAUCAUGAUUAUAUUGUACUGGAGGGUUUACAGAGAAACUGAGAACCGAAGCAGAGAAUUGGCAGGGUUGCAGGGUUCAGGGACAGAGCAUAGUUCACACCCGCCGGCGUUGGGUAGCGUCAGAAGUGGAAGUAGCAGUGGAGCUGGAGAAUCGGAAAGAUUAUCAAGAGGGCAGAGGACAGUGCCAAGACCUAAGCAGCCAUGUUGUUUCCCUCGACAACUUACUUCUAACGCAUCUCUGCGGAGCUACUCGCUACACCGGAGCAAUGGCAGUUGUAAUACCACGGAAGAUGCGGCCUCUGCAGACUCUUCCUCCUCUGAAGGAGACGAUCGUCCGUAUGAAAUGAAGAACAUCUGUUCAGCAGUCAUACGGCUUCCCAUCGUCAGCUCUGUGAUAGGGACACCCAAAGGCUCAAGGGGAUCCAGUGACACUUUGGGGAGAGUUGAUAUUGAAGGAGAGAGCAAUGGUGGGAAAAACGAGGUUACAAGGAAAACAUCGAAGGCGCACGUGACUGCUCUGCCAUCAACCGCCAUCAAAGCCAAGUACGAGAAAAGUCGUCAUGGGAAGAGAAAAAGCAACUCUCUCAUAAAAGAGAAGAAGGCAGCAAAGACAUUAAGUGCCAUCUUGCUGGCUUUUAUUUUGACAUGGACUCCAUACAAUAUAAUGGUGUUAGUAUCCACAUUUUGUCCGGAUUGUGUUCCAAAGAAAUUAUGGGAGCUAGGCUAUUGGCUGUGCUAUGUCAACAGCACAGUCAACCCAAUGUGUUAUGCGCUCUGCAACCGAUCCUUCCGACGCACUUUUAAAAUGCUGCUUCUGUGUCGGUGGGACAAGCGCAAGUGGAGAGCACACAAGCAUCCGGCACCUUUCUUCAGAACCCCAUCACAAUGAGAGGUGGGAGGAAUAAACUGCAACUAAAGGAAAUAGGACCGAUUACUUUAAAGGACACAGAUAAAGUUCUGCAUUAGUUGCAUGUAGAGCUGGAUGCCAGAUGGAGUCUCCCUGCUUGUG